UGCGCGAAUGAACUGAUAUAUGCUUGGUUGGUCGGCGCAAAACGUUGUUUGGACGUCAGCUUGCUGGGCCGGGUCUCCUUCGUCUGGCUCCGUCCAGACUUCACACCGAACACGUUGCAUUCCUCUCGGAUUGCCUGUCCUCGUCCAUAUUAUUAUUCCCAGGAUCCCACUCUUCUUUCUUCUCUAUCUGAUCUCUGCGAUCCAACGCGCGCAUCUUGAGCAGCAAACACUGCUGGACAGGUCUUGUUGCUCCCGCAUCCUUCUAGUCUCCGAGACCGUCGGGCUCGACAUCGCAGCGUCAAGGGUGCCCUUUUGCCCAUCUAGGAUGGACACGAUUUGGUGAUAUGCAAUAGUACUCGCAAGAAGACUGUCUGCUCUGUCUCACGGUCUCCUCUGUCUACGUCUUGUUUCCAUAGGCCAGGCCAUGCUGACGUGGAUUCCCCCGUUAGAGCAUAUCGGAGGUUCCCAGCUACAUUCACUUGUCUACUAUUGUCCACGCCCUAGAGACUCACUUCUUUGUCGAACCCUCCUGGGUCCCGGUGUCUCUCAUCAAUGACAUUCCAACCGGAAUUCUACGACCGUGUAUAUCGAAUACUGCAGGAAUCGGGUUGUCCAGACCAUCCGAGCGUCCGGAACUUCUUGAGCCCGGUCGAUUGGCUGGCUGCGGCCAAUUUACUACAAAUUACAACGUUACCUUGAUCAUUUCUUAGAUCUUGCUUGCCUACUACUAUCUCUACCAGUCCGACUUCCGAUCGCUGAUCCUACACUCGAACCCCCAUCUUCUCCUCCAGAGUUCACAUCCACACUUCCAAGGAAAAGGAUUUCAUUGCGAUAGUAUUGAGGUAGUACGGGACCAGAUCCAGCCCAGUCGCUGUGUAUUGACGAAGUAUUCUUAUCACUCUGCGAAUCCUUAGAGGGAGGUCACUCGAAUCUUUCACCCUUUUUCUUGGAUAUCGAAUUUACGGACAACAUGGAUGCAGCUGGUUCGGUACGCCCGGUUAAUGCGGACUCUGGUAUAUCCUCCUCAGCGGGACAAUUGAACCUACAGAAUAAUGUCAAUCAAUAUUCUGCUGUAAGCUCAGGAACGCCCAUUCAGCCUGGCCCAGGUGCCCAAGGUGAAACCCAGUAUGGAAAUUCUAACUCGACCACGACAUCGAGCAGUCAAGAGCCAAUCGUAAAUUCAUAUAGACUUGACUUCCCAGUGCCUGGGAUAAAUGUCCGGGUGCCAGGCACUGCACCUCAGUCUUUCGGGCCUAACACUGGCAACCCCGUCGAGCCAAGCAGCAAUAACGAAACGCUUGCGACCCCGCGCAACAUCUUCGAGGGAGGCAACGCUCUUCACUACGGCCAAGACCGUCCUAGUGGAUUCGAAAACAAUUGGCAGGACUACUCCCUGGGUGAACUUCACAGGCGCUCCAUGGCUCCCAUUCACACAGCGCCACAUCUGGUGCCUCCGAAUUCAUUCUACGUUAGCCGGCCGCCUACGCAUAUUUAUCCGCAUCCUGCACCCCUUUUGCAGCCUGUGACUGCACCCCCGACAAUGGCGCCUCCUUCAUAUCAGUUUAUCAAUCCAGCACCGGUAAACAUGCCGGUUCAGGCACUCCCUCGUCCUGGUCGCUACAUGCAUUUCCCGCAGUCUGGGGCUUCUCCGGUAGUCAACCAACACAGGAGGCAUAACCGCACGCAGAGUCUAAAUUCGAAUACGAUGUCUAGUGUCAAUCAAAACGCGUCUCACGCCCAGAUUCAUAAUAGCCGCCGCCGCACUAGAAAUACAGGUGAAGAAGAAUUACAUAGCCCACGUAGUAGGAUGUCACCUCCACAGCUUCAGCCACCACCAGCUGCGUUGGCACUGUCACCUACAGGGGAAUAUCACCCAGCCUUGACUCGGCAGCAGCGUGCAGAUAUCGCACGGAGGUUCCACCUGGGCGGGCUGCUGCACAGCAUGCAGACAAACGAGACGAGGGCUUUGCAAGCUUACGAGGGUAGCCUUGGAGGCCAUGGAGUGUAUCUCCGGGAAUCAGAGGAGAGCGAGUCUUCAUCACCAUCCCCCGCGAAAGGUCUUGAUAACCAAGAUGAUGGAAGGCCGGAGCCGAAAGAGGCAGAGGAGUUGACUGUCAAUCUCGAAUGCAAGGUAUGCAUGAGCCAACUUGUGGACACGGCGAUGCUUCCUUGUGGACACGCGGUAUUAUGCCGGUGGUGCGCAGAGCAGCACAUACCCUCGAGCCGGAGAGAUAAGACACGGCCCCGGGGGAAGAAUGCGACAUGCCCAAUGUGUCGUGCCCCGGUUAGGCAGAAGGUUCAGAUUUACUUGUCAUGAGAAGCCUAUGAGUCGAUGCUGCUGAUGUUUCAUUCACUGACGUAUAUCACACGUUUGAUGGCCUUGUUCUAUUGCUCUUUUUCUCUCCAGUUGUUUACGAUAUCAUAUGUGCUGAUAUCUGGGUCCGAGUGUUUUCUUUUUUCUUUUCUUUUUUUUAAAUAAAAAAAAGGGGGGUGGUUGGGGUUCUUCUUUGUCUAUCGCAUAGCAUGGCGUUGCCGCGGCUGGGAAUUUGUACCGCUCUGAGUUGAUAAUCUGUGAUCUUUGACUCCUUUGUUUGCUUUGCUGUGCCAAUUGUGUCUAGAUAGUUGAAUGGCAUAUGCCCC